GCACUGAGAAGAUGAAGUUCCUUGCAGCUGCUGGACUGCUGCUGCUGCUGCCGCUUGUGCAGAAUGUGAUCGCUGACCCUACACUUCCAGCCAGGGGAGAGGAAGUGUAUCCAACUACUGUGCGGUAUCUGCCUUCCGUAUUUCCAGAGCCAAUUGGUCCUGCAGAGCCAUUUACCAAUGUGACCGGCGUUGUGGAUGAUCAUGGAAUGUGCCAGUGCUCAGUUUACCUGCCCGAUACAACAUUUCCUGUACAGAAAGUGGAAAACCUUGAAAUUCUGGCUAAGCAGCUUUCCGCAAAAUUUGACAGUGAACUUUCAAAAGUGAGGCAGUACACCCAAUUAAUUGCGCUGUAUGAAGAAAAGAUUCGAAAUGUAACCAUCAGGAUUGAGCACAUGGAGAAAUCCAGCAUAACUUACACAUCGUUGGAUUUCGAAUUAAUCAGACUGGAAAUCACGGAGAUGGAGAGGUUGAUCACUCAGCUGAAGACGUCGCUUACUGGAAGCAAUGUGUUUGUGGAACAGUUGUAUGUCGAGAUUAAGAAUUUGAGCGUCAUGGUGAAUGAACUGGAACUGUUGGAUAAGAAUAACAUCCUUGCAGUUCGCCGGGAGGUCGCCUCUCUACGGGCUAAGUUGCAAGAGUGUGAAAAGGAUCGAAACCAGACUGUCAAACAUCCCUACUUCCCACCUGGAAACUGUGGUCAUGGCCCAAUUAUGAACAUCAGUCAACCCUACGUGAUCCAGCUGAAUUGGAGAGGGUUUUCCUACAAAUAUGGCGCCUGGGGAACAUAUUCCUCUCCUCUUAACCCUGGAAAACAGAUGUAUUGGGUUGCACCUCUAAACACCGAUGGAAGAUACCUGGAAUAUUAUCGACUCCACGAUUCCUACGAUGACUUAUUGCUCUUCAGAUACUCCAGGCAAUACCAAGUUCUGUACGGUGAAGGCAGUGGAACGGCUAUGUAUAAUAAUUAUAUGUACUAUAAUGUACAUGGCUCAAGAGAUAUGGGUAAGAUAGAUUUGGCCACCAAUAAGCUGGAGUUGAGGAAGACUCUUCCAAAUGCUGUUUCUAACAAUCGGUUCUCCUACGCAGGGGUAGCUUGGCAAGACAUAGAUUUUGCCGUGGAUGAGAGUGGGUUGUGGGUGAUUUACUCCACCGAAGCCAGUCAAGGUAACAUUGUCAUUAGCAGGAUUAAUGAAACAUCUCUAAAUGUGAUUAACACAUGGCAAACAAAGCAAUAUAAGCCCGCGGUCUCUAAUGCUUUUAUUAUAUGUGGGGUGCUCUAUGCUACCAGGCCUCUCAACACUAGGAAAGAAGAGAUAUUUUACUCCUUUGAUACCAGCACUGGGGAAGAAGGGAAACUAAGCAUUAUUCUAGAUAAAGUGCUGGAAACCAUUCAGAGCAUCAACUACAGCCCUAUAGAUCGGAGGCUGUAUGUCUACAACGAUGGGUACCUGGUUCGCUACAACUUAAAUUUCGCGCCCCAACUAUUAGUGUAACUUUCCAGGGAGAUUAAAAGCUUCAGUCUCCAAAUCCUCCAAACUAUUAAGAAAUCCAAAGAUAAACAGGAACAAAGAUUCGAUCCACUUGCAAAUCAUCAUCAAGCUUAGCAAAGGGAGUGGUGCAGUGGCCUAGCGGAUGGAGCUCUCACCUCACAAUCAGG